GUUUCUUUUGAGCAGUUGCAACAAUGAGCGUCUUCCACGACGAGGUCGAGAUUGAGGACUUUGAGUACGACGCCGAGAGCCGCAUUUACAUUUACCCGUGCCCAUGCGGCGACAAGUUCCAAAUCACACUGGAGGAGCUGCAUGACGGUGAGGACGUGGCGCGGUGUCCGAGCUGCUCGCUGCUCGUCAAGGUCAUUUUCAACCCCGACAACUUGCCGGCGCUCGACGACUCAGACGCAAGCACUGCGCCACCGAACGCGCCCGCUCCAGUCGCCGUGCAUUAGGCAGCAUUUGGAAAUUGGAGACCGCGCAAAACCCCAACCGACUGUUGGUGAAAGGCUCGUUUCCGACGUGAUUUGUACAUUAUUAUGUGGAUUGCUUGAAUUGAAUCGUUUGAGUGCUGAAAGAGUGUUGGGGAUUCAGAGUAUUGAGUUCAAUAACAACCCAACAUUCUUCCUCUCCUUCACCGUCGCAAGAGUAAGACAGAAUGGGGGAGGUUGGUUUGAAAAAAAAUGGUACUGUUUACAAGAAAGAAAAAAAUCUGCCGCUCAGAACUUGACAGAAAUCGCUUCG